GGGGGCGCUGUCGACGAAGCAGCCGCUUGAAGAAGGGAGGUUAGGGAGGACGCGGAGACUGCACCGGCGGCCGGGCAGCUUGAUCGGCUGGCUGCAGUAGGAGGGGAGGGGAGGAAAGGAAGGGAGGAUUGGUGCUGGUACCGGGCGAGGGCUGCGACCUGCUCCGUCCGAUAACACUGCACCAAUCCGCGCCAGUUUACCGUCGCUCGAUCGUGACAGCUCCUUUCCUCCCUCCCCCUCGGGUUAAUCCGUUCAACCCCCAUAUAUCAAACAGGGCUGCGGCGAGUCCGGCUGGGCUUCACGGUAGUGCUGGUAAAUCAUCUGCUUAAAAAACCGCGACAUGAAGAUCAAGGACGCCAAGAAACCUUCAUUCCCCUGGUUUGGGAUGGAUAUUGGUGGGACACUGGUGAAACUGGUUUAUUUUGAGCCAAUAGAUAUCACGGCUGAGGAAGAGGAAGAGGAGGUAGAAAGCCUAAAAAGUAUUCGAAAGUACUUGGUGUCGAAUGUUGCCUAUGGCUCCACUGGCAUCCGAGAUGUGCAUCUGGAGCUCAAAGACAUGACACUUUGUGGCCGCAAAGGAAACCUGCACUUUAUCCGAUUUCCUACACAUGACCUACCUACCUUCAUUCAGAUGGGGAGAGACAAGAACUUUUCAACACUACACACAGUGCUCUGUGCCACUGGAGGGGGUGCUUAUAAAUUUGAAGAAGAAUUUCGUACGAUUGGUAAUCUGCAAUUGCACAAACUGGAUGAACUGGACUGCCUGGUCAAUGGCCUUUUGCACAUUGACUCUCUCAGUUUUAAUGGCCAGGCAGAAUGUUACUACUUUGAAAAUGCCUCUGAUCCUGAGAAAUGCCAGAAGAUGCCUUUCAACCUUGAUGACCCCUACCCUUUGCUCGUCGUGAACAUUGGUUCAGGAGUCAGCAUAUUAGCUGUGUACUCAAAGGACCAUUACAAAAGAGUAACUGGAACAAGUUUAGGAGGUGGAACCUUCCUGGGCCUCUGCUGUUUGCUUACAGGUUGUGAGACUUUCGAUGAAGCUCUUGAAAUGGCCUCAAAAGGCGACAGCACUAUGGCUGACAAACUAGUACGGGACAUCUACGGAGGAGACUAUGAACGAUUUGGUUUACCUGGAUGGGCAGUAGCUUCCAGCUUUGGCAACAUGAUUUGCAGGGAGAAGCGUGAUUUAGUUAGCAAAGAAGACCUUGCAAGAGCUACCUUGGUCACCAUCACAAACAACAUAGGAUCCAUAGCUCGUAUGUGUGCACUGAAUGAGAAGAUAAACAGAGUUGUUUUUGUUGGCAACUUCCUGCGAGUCAAUACACUGUCAAUGAAGCUCCUGGCUUAUGCAUUGGACUACUGGUCAAGAGGACAGCUGAAGGCAUUGUUUCUAGAGCAUGAGGGUUACUUUGGAGCAGUCGGUGCUCUGCUUGGACUUCUUAAUUCCACUUAGAACUUGAGUAUUCUACAUCACGGAAAUGGAAGAAAUAUGUACAGCUGCAUAAUGUUUAGGGAAUGGGAAACAAAUGCAUUCAUCCAGGGAUAAAAACCUGUUAAAAAUCUGUGACAAAGAUGAGCCACACUAAAGGCUGGUUUGUAUUACUGAAGUAUUCUUUCUACUUGAAUUGUGAAAAAUCUUACUGUUUUAAUUGGGUCCAGUGUAUUGGGCAUUUAACCGCAGUUAGUUUCUCGUUACAAUGUUCCAAAAUAUUUCCUUCUAUUGUCACAUCAACUGAAAUUAUUUGGGGUUGUUAAUCUAAUUUUGGAUUACCGUUAGCUCAUUUAUUUGGUCUCCAUGGUACCCUUAAGCCUCUGCAAAUCAAAACUGCUUUUACAAUUUUGAUAUCUUGGUAUUAGCUGUGGAUUACAGAAAAAUAAGUACUGAUUUGCAGAGCUAUUAUGGAGAAUGUGUAUGUAACAACACCUGGGACUGGUUAUCUACCCAAUGGAGAAUGUUUGGAAGUUGUAAGACUGUUUGCUUUGUAAUAUAGGUGCAUUUUAACAUGCCUUCCUUUAGAAAUAACGUGAGAAAAUAUGUGCAAAAAUCUUCAAUGUUGCCAGAUUCAAUAUUGGCAGCUAUGACGAGAGCCCAUUGUCCCGGGAAGGUCCACCUGAUAUCUCUGUACGUAAUCACCUAAAGUGGCUUUUAUUUAUUUUCUAAAGUAGUUGUUAAUUUUAUUUGAAAAUUUUGUAUUUUAUAAGGGAGAGGUGUAAUUAUACCUUUGUGAAAUAAUGAGAAAUAUUUCGAUCUCUAAAAAGCCUUAAGCCUGUAUCAGCUAAAGCUGCACAAGGUAACAUCCUUGCAGAAAUUGAGGACACCUAAUCUUGUAUAUAACCUUUACCGCCUUUAAAAUAGUGCUUUCUGGUGAAGUUAUUGAACGUAUUUCAAUGCUGAGUGUGGUGUAUCUGACCAUGUGGUUCCAUAAACCAUCAGAGCAGAGUCUGAGCAAGUUUUAUGUUCAUCAUCGAAACAAGUUGAUUGGAUUACUCCCUUGAAUGUCCUUGAUGUUAUCUGAUUUAAUAUAUUUAUGAAUUUUGUAGAGGAUGUUAAUUUAAUUUUGUUUUUCAUUGAAGAGUGCAAUAGUCGUAGACUAGUGCCUUCACGUUGAUGUACGGUAAUUUCUGACUGAGUGACUGUGACGUACAAUAAUUGCUGGAGACGCUGAUAAUCAUUUGACAAUUAGGAAAGAAUGUGAGCAGUAUUAAUUAAAUGUACCCUGAUUGUGUAUAUUUUGCUAAUUGGUUGCUACUGUUAGUCGAUCACCUGUACAACGAUCACGUGCCAAUUGUUCAUUUAGUCUUCAUACCGCACUUAGAGAGCAUAUUGCUAUUCUAGUCUCUGGAAAAGAGACCAUUAGUUCAAUAAAACGGCCACAAACUAUCUGCAGAUCAUAGCUUAUUUUCAGAAUUCCAUCUGAUUUGAACCCUGAAGUUUAUUAUUGGCAUUUGUUUAGUUUAGAGAUACAGCACGGAAACAGGCCCCUUCGGCCCACCGGGUCCACACCGACCAGUGAUUUCUGCACAUUAACACUAUCCUAUACCCACUAGGGACAAUUUUUACAUUUACCAAGCUAUUAACCUACAUACGUGUACGUCUUUGGAGUGUGGGUGGAAACAAGAUCUCGGAGAAAACCCAAGGAGGUCACGGGGAGAACGUACAAACUCCGUAUAGACAGCACCCGUAGUCGGGAUCGAACCCGGGUUUCCAGUGCUGCAUUUUUGCUGUAAGGCAGCAACUCUACCGCUGUGCCACCGUGCCGCCCUCUGCAGUUCUCUAAACUGUAGCCUCUACGAACUCCAAUUGCAAAGGGAAUCCAACUAAUUGUUAAUAGGAUUAGGACCAACUGUUUGAAGGCUUGCACAAUAAAGUGUGAACGAAGAUUAAAAAUAAUACAACUGAAAAAUAAGCAGUGAAAUUAACCUGGACCAAUAGAGGCAGCAUGUUGGCUGCAACUUGUAAAGAAUGUUACCUUCAGUACUUGAAUGAUUGAAUUUUUAAUUCAUUUUUGUCAGCUCCAAGUACACCAUGUUUAACACUUACUUGUUGUCCUGCCGCAAUUGUUUGCUGCUUCAGAGAACAGUUAAGAGUCAACUACAUUGACAUUGGCCCGAUCAGCUCAGAAUGGCAGUUUUCAUUCUGCAAAGCACAUUACGGUUUUUAUAGAAAUCUGUCCUCCAGUCACUUUGUUGUGUUUUUCUCUACUUCUACUACUAUUGUGGUAUAAUUUAAACUUGUAUUAUCUUAAUUAUUUCAAUGUCUGGAUAGUAGAAUGAUAAGAAUUUCAAUGAUUGAUAUUUUAAUGCUUUUUUCAUCAUUCCAAUCGUAAGUCAUUUGUCCUUGGCCAGAUUAGCUUGCUACAAUGCUUUUUUUUUUUUUUUAAAGGGCCACAUUUUAAAUUCAUAUCUGAAUAGCAAUUUUAGGAUGCAUGAGAAGCUAAUAAUGAGGCUUCUUAUUGAUUUUUGUUUAGUUUGGUGUUGGCAUUAAAUUCAGAGAGACAGAAAAUGUGCUAUUAAUAUCCCAACGGUUUUUUCUGUCAUUGUUCCUUUAACUAGUCAGGAUUUAAUUUGCUCAACAUUUUAUACUCUUAAGUUAAAAGCUUGUUCUCCUCAUCUUUCUGUUACUUAAACACAUGGGAAACAUUUCCCCCAUUUGAAGUAGGUGGUCACCACGACGGCCACGGUGGCGCAGCGGUAGGGUUGCUGCCUUGCAACGCAGGAGACCCGGGUUCGAUCCCGACCACGGGUGCUGUCUGUGCAGAGUUUGUACGUUCUUCCCGUGACCUGCGUGAGUUUUCUCUGAAAUCUUCAGUUCACACUCCAAAAACGUACAGGUAUGUAGGUAAAUUAGCUUGAUAAAUAUAAAAAUUGCCUUAGUGUGUGUAGGAUAGUGUUAAUAUGCAGGGAUCGCUAGUCGGCACAGACCCGGUGGGCCGAAGGGCCUGUUUCCGCGCUGUAUCUAAACCAAACCAGAAAUUAAAAGCCGAUUAAUACCCAUUUAGCAUGAAUAUCAAAACCAGGAGACUUUAAAAUCUAUUUGGAAGUAUGCAAUGAACCCCAAUAUUGAAAAUGAAUUAGAACUGGAAUUUUGUAUAUUGUGUGCAACCAGAACUAAAAUUAUACAUGUUUUGAAAUUUAUUACAACAUAGAAGGAAGCCAUUUUGAUCCAUUUGUGCCAGUUCUGCUUUCUUUUUCAUACUCCAUUUUCCUCCCACCACAUGCAUCUAAUUCCCUGCUGAAAGCCACUACUGCAUUUGCUUCUAAAACAAAUUUGCAGUGCAUUCCAGUUCAUGGCAUUCUGCCUGCUGGCAGCCUGACUAUAAACAUUUCCUCCUCGGAGUAUAGUUUUUCCUCUCUGAUGGAUUACACUCCUGUAGUAUAGUACUAGCAAAAUGUGCAUUGGCACAUUGAAAGCAUGAUAUAGCAGGGAUUAAAUAACAUAUGCUGUAUUUGCACGAUAGCUCUCUGGCUCCUUUUCUCCACCUGUUUUUAAUGAACAGAUGUUUGACAAUGCACAGCAUAUUCAUUACAAAGGUUGCUUGGUACUGUUUAAAAUCAAACUUCAAAUUUAGUUCUGAAUAGGUGUAGAUACUAUGAAAAUUCAUCAUCUAAUGUAAUGGGCUUUGUUUAAUGCAUACAAGUUACCUUAAAAUCUAUCACAGCUGGAUUCCUUAAGAAACAUUUGGCAUAUGUGGAAGAGAGUGCAAUCACGUCAACUCCUUCGUGAAUGAAGAUUGAAUUACAAUCUGUACUAACCCACAGAUAGAACAUGAAGUGUAGAAUGAACUUUUCAGCAAUCCCAUUGGCAAUAAAUCAUAGUAAAAUGCACUGUAUUUCACAGGAUCCAGUGGCUUAACCAGUGAUCCUCUCCUUUUACUCCCAACUCCUUCCGCCACUGCCCCAAUUGCAUUUAUUCUGAGCUAAAAUAUACGCUGCAAAGGUGUGUACGCAAAAAAAAUUAUGAAAAUUGAAAAAUAGGAACCUGUCCAGCAGUGUGCUUACAUUGUUGUCUCUGUAAGUAAGUAAUAAAAUCAGGAUUGGGAAUUUUAGCAGUAGCUGUGUUGAGCCACAGCAGCCGAGAUAUUUUUCCAAAAUGGAAUUGGGUGAGUUUUGCAAUGGAAAGGAAUUUAUCCUUGGAAGCUUGGUACUGAAGUUCUUGAGCCCAGCCUAAAACACUCAGUCCAAAACAACUGGUCUCUUGUUGCAAAGUGCAAUUAUUUAAUUGCUAAUGUUUGUAUUAAGUACGUUAUCUUCCUCUUGGCACAAUAGAUUUUUAAAAUUGAGAUUUACCUUGAGGAGAUGAACCAGGUAGUAAUAUGCUAUCUUAUUGUUGUGCCUCAUUAAAUAGGACCCCCUGUGAUUAAUUUCUAUAAAGUUGAAUGUUUCUUCAGGCACUUAAACAAUUUUCUUGGUGUUUUGAAAUCUUUGGUCUAUCCUGUUCAAAUCACAAAGUCUUUCCUUAAUUACCUGCAUACAUUUUUUUCAUAUAUAUUGGUGGGUAGAAAUAUUUAAAAAAAUAAUUAUUAUUAUUAAUUACAUGAUGUGGUAGACAAAUGAACUAGUACCACUGUAAUAAGUGGGUAAUUAAAGAUUCAGGUCUGCCAUAAAGUGUGUCUCAAAGAGACAAAUGAACUCCCCACUCUACUUGUUUUCAUUACUGCUGUUUAAUUUUUUUCUUUCUCUCUAAUUAGCAUAAUUCUAAUAGCAAAGCAUAUGAGUUUCUUUGCAAGCUGAUUUAUUACUAUUUUCUAUUUUAAAAUGUUACCUUUUGGGCAAUGCUUAACUUUCUUGUGUCACACCCUGACAUCUGCAAACAUCUCUAGCCUCUGACUAUUACUAUGGAAAAUGUUCUUGUAAACUUGUCACACUAUAAUUUCAUUUCAUACACUUUGGAACAUUUUUGUAAACCAUCGCUAUUAUAAAUUCCUGUGUCUACCUUCAUUAAAACAUUUUUUUAAACAAAAGACUAGUGUGUAACUUCAAGCUGAGCAAUAGCUUGGGUCUGCACACCCUGAUUCAAGAUUGGCUUAACACCCCUGCAUGUGCAUCACCGCAGGAGGUUCAUGAGUAUUUAAAAAUAGAAUGUUAGUAACGUUUGGACUCUUAGGUAAAAUUUAGUGGAAGGUUUCCACUCUAAAGUUAAAUCUGCUGAUGGUUAACUUACGAGACCUGAUUAGCAGUGGCCUGGAUUUUAGACUAGGAUGUGAUCCAAUCAUCAGUACUUAGUUUGCCUGCUAAAGGGUAAUUGACAAGUAGUAACAAUUCCUGUAAAACAAUUUGAGAAAACAUAUUGAAGGUGGAGAGACUAAACCUGUAUAACCUUAAUUAUUUCAUAACGCAUGAAAAUCAUACCUAGAUUUUGCCUGUGAACAAUAAUCCAUUCUUGUGAUGCAUCAGUUUUCAGUCCAAUAAAUGCAUCAAAGCAGUGCUUUAAGCGAAUGUACAAGAUCCAAUUGUCUGCUAGCUUCCAAAUGUAACUAACCUAGGCCUGUCAUUUGAAUACGUAGCUGACCUGCUAAAUAUUUCAUUAUUUUGAUUUGAUCUGCUGUCAUUUGCAGAACUCAACAAAUGAGAUCAAGUUAGGAUUUUUUUUUUCUCCCUGUAUACUAUUGGUGCAAUCUUUUAAAAGAAAAAGGACCAAGUUGUUAAGCUGUUUUGAAAGGACCUUAUUCUAAAAGCAUUUUGUAUGAAUACUUUUCCCCUUUGAUGAAAUGUGCUGACUGUUAAAAUGAAAAGCGUAUGCAUUGAGAGCAAGAUUUGUACUGAGAAUGGUCUACUUUUACAUCCCAUUUAAAAACUUCUAAAUUGUUGAGUGUAAGUUUCAUAACUGAUUUACGCGUCUGCUGGCCAAUAUACCUGAAACAGUGUGACACUUUCCCAAAACGUUCCCCGUUCUCAAAAGUUGACUUGUUUGCUGAGGAUUCAUGUAAAGUUGCUGCUGUUUUGUAUCGAAAACUUCCAUCAUCUGGAGGAUUAGGAAAAUCAUAUUCCUAAUGUGAUUUGAGUAUUCUAUACAGUUUAAAGUUUUAUAGAAUGGAUUUGAAAGAGAUAGAUGUCACAAAAUUAACGCAGUUUCCCAUGAUGUCACUUUCCUAUUUUUUUUUAUUUUUAGAAGUACCUGAAGUGAAGGUGAGGUCAGGCUGGAGACAAAGAUAAAUCAUUGUGUUUAUUGGAGCAAGCUCUGACACAAUAUCAGAGAAGUGUAUCUUGAUGUCAGAAUGAGCAGUUUAAAAUGUGAAUCUAAGCAAUGUGUUUAAUUUAUAUGGUUUAGAUUCCAGGUUAUCCAGCACAUGUUUAAAUGAACAGUUUGCAUGUUUAUUGGGUUUUGUUUUGCUUUUUAAAUUAUCUGUAUGGAUUUAAAUUCAAUCUGUGGUAAAUGAUGAGAAGUAAUUAUUAUUAGUUCAGGAUUAUGAAUGAAAUAAAUAACUUAUCCAGUCAUUUGUAGACAUUAAAAUAUGAAUAAAUUCAUUUAAGCGGUAUCAAGCUGCAAAUCAACUAGUCUCAUUCUUGCAUGGUUAAAAUAAUCUCACUAUAGACCCAUGUUGCCACCUGGUUAGAGUGAGGAUUAGGAUUCAUGUGCUAAACUUUGCAAGCUACCUAGCUUUUAAAACUUUUUUAGCUGAGGAAGUGUACAAAUACAUGGCUGAAUUGGAAUACAAUGGUAUCUAUUGUAAAACCUGUUAACCAAUUGAAUUGCUGACAUUGAAUUUGGAUUUUUGGUGCUGUUAAACUUUGGGUAAUGUUUAAAAGACAGCAAGAGGGAAAAUAACUUCCAGUAACUUUUAAGAUAUUCAUCUUUCUCCAACCCCUGCCAAAAUAGGUUAAAGUACAUGGUGCACGCAAUUAGUUACAUAACAGAGAUUAUAUUAAUAUUAACAGGAAGUUUAUCGAAAGUCUUGUUGCUUACUUGCACUUUGUAAAGAUAACGUUUCUGGAUAAAACUAAACAUCAUGCUGAUAUUUUGCAUUUAAUAGAUACUUGAAUAAUUUUCUGUAUGCAGAGUUAACUCUAAGUAUUGGGUCUUGCCGAUUGUGGUAUUAUUCAAAAUCCAAAACUCAACUAGAGUAGGAUAGGAGCUUCAUACGCUUUGCCUUCCAGGAUUUUGCCUGUUUGACCAAAAAUGUAAUCUUCUAAAAGCUGGAUCUGAUUAGCUAAGUAAAGGCUUUCAUAAUUAAAAAUGGACUUCUGAAUUCAGGAUUACAUUUUUGAAAAUGUACGGAGUAACUGUCGGCUCACAAUUCCCGCGUGGGUGGCAUGUCAACUUAGCCUUUGAAAUCAGUCUGAUAAUAGGAACUAAUGGAUUUUUUUUUUUAACUUCAUAGUUAUCAUAAGAGCAUGCAGAUAAGAAGCUAUUGUCUUGGUGUGGAGUAACAACUGAAACCUGAAUGAAACCAAUAAUGUAUCAAAUUCAGUAUGCAUAAGUUGCCAAUUUCAAUAAUUCCAAGAAAACUGCAACCCCUCAUUGCCUCGGAACAGUGUGUGGUGGUGUUUUUAUUUUCAGGUGUUCCCUGAAGUCUAUCUUAACUCGGGGAAAAUUUGGAUAGUUACACACGUCUUGAGUUUUCCCCAGAAUAAAAUAAUGUGCCACCCUUGACAGUUUACUGAGUCUCGGAACUCAUUUUGGAAAGACUUCAGCCCAGGAAAAUGACACGCAUCUCUCUUGUCGCAAGUUCUGAGUAUUCCAACUAAAACAUCAGCUUAACCUAAUUGAUUAAUUAAUGCAAUUAUUGAGAUAAUCAGUCACCAGCUGCAUGAGGUUAUCAAUCCAAAGCACGAAUAAAUUGGCCACAAUGUUACGAGGAAAAAGAAGAUUUAAUAUACAAGUAUUCUACUAUAUUAAAAAACUUACAUUUGAAAUCUUUUAAAUACCUAAUUUCAUUGCAGUUCAGUAAUUUUAGGCUAAUCUGUGCUGGGUAAAGGUGCUGUUUAAAUGACCUGGUAUAACUAUAACACAAAGUUUGUACAGAGAUUAAUAAGAUUGAGUUGUAGAUUAUUGUUUAACAUUUAUUUAGAUGCAGAUGUACAUUUUUUUUGCCUCGCUAAAGUUUGAGUAAACAUGUUCUAUAAUUUGCUGCCUUCUGCACGAGUGUGUAUGUUCUGCGUAUUUUUUGUAUUAUUAUGAGGUGUCUUGCUCUUAAACGAUGGUUUAUCUUUUCCUUCACUAAAACAUCCAAAGGCCAAAACUUAUACUGUUAGCAUUCCCAUCAACCAUUCAGCUACAGUCUGUUGCAGUACCUGUUGCAUGAUCUGAUCUGUUCUUGUUUGCAGGCCACAUUGUACAUUUUCUGCUGUUAAAAUAAAACUAAUCUUUGAUUUAAA